UGCUUUCUGCCCCUCUUAACGCGCCAGUUUUCCCCCCUUUCCUGUUCCUGCGUCGGAGGAGGAGUUCUGCGGAUGGUGAUCGGUGUCGUCUCGGCUGGAGAAAACACCGUCUCGUCGGAGACAUUGGAGCGCCGGCAACUGUGAGGUUAUCUCUUUCAGACAACAGUUGCGUUCUUUAGGUGAAAUCUGUCGACGUCCUCUUCUCCUUCUUCCUCUUUUUGCUCAUCGUCCUCGGAGGCCGUCCCGUUUGUCUCCUCGAGUGGGGCGGUGAUGAAGAACACUCCGGCGAGGGCGCGACUGAGGGUGACGGCGGCAAAGCGGAAGCCACCGAGUGUCUUCGAGAACUCUGUAAAGAAACUCCAGCACAGAGAGAUCGGUUGCUUCAGAAGCAUCGGCAGCAGCCUCUCAAACGCCCAGGAGAAGUUUCGGAACUUCCAGCUCCAGGAAGAAUUUGAUACUUUUGAUCCAAAAGCUCAUUAUUUCCUGAAGUUACAGUUCCUUAAGAAGCGUUCAAAAAUCAUUGAGAUUAUUGCUGCAAGGGAUGUCAUAUUCGCUCUUGCUCAGUCUGGACUUUGUGCUGCAUUCAGUCGGACUACAAAUGAACGGAUAUGCUUCUUGAAUAUCAGCCCUGAUGAAGUGAUCCGAAGUCUCUUCUAUAACAAAAAUAACGACUCGAUAAUUACUGUAUCAGUUUAUGCUUCAGAUUGUUUUAGUUCCUUGAAGUGCAGAACCACCCCUAUAGAGUAUAUAAGAAGAAAUCAGUUAGACGCUGGAUAUGCCCUUUUUGAAUCAGAAUCUCUCAAGUGGCCUGGUUUUGUGGAGUUUGAUGAUGUGAAUGGAAAAGUUCUGACUUAUUCAGCCCAGGAUGGGAUAUACAAAGUAUUUGAUUUGAAGAACUAUUCAUUUCUCUACUCAAUACCUGACAAAGAUAUUCAGGAAAUCAAAAUCAGUCCAGGUAUCAUGCUUCUCAUAUUCAACAGAGCCCCUGGUCACGUUCCUCUUAAGAUACUCUCUAUUGAAGAUGGAACAGUGUUAAAAUCUUUCAAUCAUUUGUUACACCGAAACAAGAAGAUAGAUUUCAUUGAGCAGUUUAAUGAGAAGCUCCUAGUCAAGCAAGAAAAUGAGAACUUGCAGAUUCUUGAUGUAAGAGAUUCAAAGAUAAUAGAAGUUAGCCGGACAGAGUUUAUGAUCCCUUCAGCAUUUAUUUUCCUCUAUGAGAAUCACCUUUUCUUAACAUUCCGGAACCAAACAGUUGCUGUGUGGAACUUCAGAGGAGAGCUUGUCACUUCUUUUGAGGACCACCUGUUGUGGCACCCAGAUUGCAAUACAAAUAACAUCUAUAUCACAAUUGAUCAGGAACUAAUAAUUUCCUACUGUAAAUCAGAGGAAACUCAAGAGGAUGGACAAGUGGAUAUAGUUGGUUCAAUCAACAUGAGUAACAUAAUGACGGGAAAGUGCAUUGCAAAGAUCAGUGCAGGUGAUCCUGGGCUGAAGAUUAGCCCUAGAGGAAAAUGUGGUCGCUCCUAUGUCCGCUGCACUGUCCGUGAAGCACUUGAGGAUGUAACUGCACUUUUCUAUGAUGAAGAUCGGAAUGAGAUAUACACCGGUAACAAGCAAGGAAUGAUCCAUGUGUGGUCCAAUUAGCACUUCUGCAAGAUGGAUGCGUGUGGACUUCUAUUUACCAUCAGUGUGUAAACAUGGUGCUGUGAGUACAAUGAAGGAACCGCUUGCAGUGUUAACCAUUAUCUCCUGUAAGUCCUGUAACAGAAAAGUAUUUUAUGCAGGCCAUGAAAUCAUUGACCUGCAUGCAGAUGCAUAUAUCAAUCUACCUUUUCCUUUUUUCUCUCUCA